UACAUUUCGGUGGCCGUGGCAUCGUUCAAAAGCGGCCCACAGAUGAUGGACCACGAGACGCUGAAUGUGCCGAGCGCAAAGCAAGAUCUGGAAGAUGGAGAACUGUCCGAUAGCGAUAGCGAUGGAUACACUCCACUGGCGCGACCGGAGAUGGCCAAAAGUGAUUUUGCCUCCGCCUCGGCCAGCCUAUCCAGGCAAAUGGAUAUUGUGUCCGAUGAGCAGGAUGACGAAGAACUGCUGCACCAGGAGAAAAGUGACUCUGAAGGCAGCUCGGAUGAAAGUAGCGGCAAUAUAAGAAUUAGAUCGAUGUGCUACCAGAACCAGAGGUUUGGGCAAGCGCCCCGGCUAAUGCGUCCAUCGUCUGGACGAAGUCAUGCACCAACGAAAGGUCCCUCUUCCGGCAAAGCCCGUGAACCUGCUUCCCGCCCGGUCACUAGCGUUCUACCAAAUAAAUACAAUAUAUGGACGCAAAGCCUGCAGGAGGAUACCCUGAUGGAAACGAUGCGCGGAUGUGAUGUCACGGCGAAUGGGAUGCGCAAUCGGGAUGUGGAAUCGUAUGAUUACAAGCUUAAAACGCGGUUAAGCAGUGGAAAUGCGUUCGAGCGAUUGAAACGUCGGCAGUCCAACUCCGAUGAUUCGGACGGGUAUGCGGGUGGUGGAAAACGCAUGCGAACGGCUCACAAUUCCUACUCGGAAGGAGGAGACGGAGAACGAUCUAGCAACGUGAAGGAACGUCUCGGAAAACGAAACAACAGUACUGAUACCAAUAGCGACGACAGUACGCAAAGUGCACCUAGAUUUGCUUUUAGGCACAUACCGGAUUUGAAUCUCGAGGAGGAUUGCACCGACGAAAAGUUUGCUAUAGAGCUGGCCGAAAAACUAUGCGAAGCGCAUACCGAGCUGUUGACGCGAGUCGUUGUUACCCUAGGGAGGGAGAUACCACUGAAGCUCUUCAAAGAAACACAGAAAAUUGAAGCGGAUGGCGGAAUGCUUGUUAUGAAAGGCUGGCGAAGACGCACACCUGGUGGGGUGUUUCUAUUUCUCCUAAAGCACUGUGAGCACGUCGAUCAGGAAACGAAGAAAAACAUCUUCCAGGAAGAUAAGAAAGCAAAGCAGAAAGAAUGGAAGCAAACGAAGACCUCAAAUCGAAAUCAAAAGGUAGAAGAGUUGAAGAAAACGUUGAACCGGCAGGCGGCAAACGACACGGAGCUACCAUGUUCACUCCCGAUAAUGUCCCAUCUAAAGGCGGAAACACACAGCACUCUGUCUAAUCCGCCUCCUUCUCCAGUGGGAGAAGAAAAUUUUGAGUGCUGCCCGGACUUUGAAGCACGCAAUAUUCACGUGAAUGUUAACACUAGUCCAGACAAAUCGCAUGUAAUGCAUGCGAAUGAAACUGAUAAGGACUCCGACGACGCAAGUUGUCCCGAGGGUGUCCCGGACAGAUCUCUACCGGAUGGUAGGACCAUAUCCGGUGAAAUGCGCAACAUUGCUAGCUACCAGGAAGACUGUCUCGACAUUACGUGCGAUGAUAUGGAUCUCUUCUAGCGGCGAAAUGGGGGAGGAUCGCGAGCUACGGAUGAUGGUGCGACAGCUACAGUUGCGAAAGAACGCAGCACAGCGCUUGAGUGCUGACAAUCAGUGGCCUUCGCAAGCGUCGGAUGGAGAGAGAAUCAAAUGAGACAAAAGUGGCUAAAAUGUUCAACAGUGACCAACAUCUUUGAA